AGAGAGAGAGAGAGAGAGAGAGAGAGUAAGAGGGGAAGCCAGGGAGCUCCCCCUGCCCCCUCCAAGAAGGGAAGGCGACAGAAAGCAGGACGAAGCGAGAAUUACAGAGUGAGAGAGAGUCAGACUGUUGAACAGAACACAUCACAGAGUGAGGGAAAAGCGAAACAGAGAAAGAAACAAAGAGCUGGUCCGAUUUAGAGAGGAAAAGAAAAAGCGUGGGGGUUGAGACAGACAGAACGAGAGAGCGAGAGAGAGAGAGAGAGAGAGAGAGCGUGCGACUGAGGGGAGAAAGAAAAACAUUACUCCUGUGCGGGUUCUGAAAUUCAGAUCUGGAUUUUUUGCUGAAAAUCACAGAAGAACCAAAGCUGCGCUCUGACAGGCGACCCGCGUUAUCUGCCAACAUGAGGAGAGAGACGACACCCAGACACCAUAGCUUUCAAACAGAAGAGGAUCUAAUAGCUAAAACCAUCAAGUCAGUUUAGAGAGAGUGUCAGAUUGUACUGGCUAGAGACUGACUGAAGUUAACGUAGUGAGAUAGAAGGAGGCAGACAGAAGAAGAGAGAGAGAAGGAGCAAGAGAGAGAAAAAGUGGGGUAGAGUGCAGUUAGUGAGUAAGACAGUUAAAGUACAGAGAGAGAGAGAGGGUGGGGGUGUUUAGCCCUCUCUCUCUCGCCCUGUGUGUACGGCAGGCUGGCUGGAACGGUCAUGGCCUUCACCUUUGCGGCCUUCUGCUAUAUGCUAACGCUAGUGCUGUGUGCCGCACUUAUCUUCUUCGUCAUCUGGCAGAUCAUUGCCUUCGACGAGCUUCGUACAGACUUCAAAAACCCCAUCGAUCAGAGCAACCCCACCAGAGCGAGGGAGAGAAUUUUGAACAUCGAGAGGAUCUGUAACUUGCUGAGAAGGCUGGUGGUUCCAGAAUAUUCCAUACAUGGUCUGUUCUGCCUCAUGUUCAUGUGUGCGGGUGAGUGGGUCACCCUGGGCCUCAACAUCCCACUGCUCUUCUAUCACCUGUGGAGGUUUUUCCACCGUCCAGCGGACGGAUCAGAAGUCAUGUAUGAUCCCGUCAGUGUGAUGAAUGCAGACAUCCUGAAUUACUGCCAGAAGGAGUCUUGGUGCAAACUGGGUUUCUACCUGCUCUCCUUCUUUUACUACCUGUACAGUAUGGUGUAUGCGCUGGUCAGUUUCUAAUGAGGAAUGGACAGAAGAAAUGAAGAAAGAGAAGAAAUGGACCAUGCAACAAACCCUGCCUCAUCUCCUCCAUCCUCCUAUUCUCCAGAUCAGAGAGUUUCACCAUCUUUCAAACAGAAAUGGGCACCAGAGAAACCAAAACACACCCAUCGACACAUACGCAGGGAGAAAAAGAGGAUGAAAGAGAGAGGGAAAUGAAAAACAAGAGGGAGAGCGAGGCAGGCUCAGGAAACGUUGAUGUUCUGUAACAGAGAUUUUCUUUCUAAAGGGCUGCUGAACAUUUCUGCUGCGCAGAGCAACUCGAAGGGUCUUCAACCGCAAUGAGAUUUAAAACGUAACUUCAGAAUUUGAUUGUCUUUGUUUCUCUUUAUUAAUCUAAACUACAGGUUUUAUGUUCUGAAGUCUUUUCUGAAAAAAACUAAUUCUAGAAGACCUUUGUGGAUAAAACAAACUUGUCUAGUUACAGUGUUAGAGGAGCAUUUAAGUAUUUUUGUGAUAGAUUACUUUAAAGCUGCCUGAUCUGUAGGAGUUGAUUAUAAAGCGAUUUAUUCUCUUUAGCUCAGUUGUUUUUAAAUUUUAUAGAAUAAACUAGUGUCCACCAGAUAAACUACUAGUACUGCACAAACUCCUGACUCCUGUACACCCUCCACCAUGUUUACAGUGAAACUCAAAGCAAACGAACCAAUGAAAUAAGAUCAUCCAGGCCGGAGAAACUGUUGGAGUGACUUUUCAGAAGAGGGGUAAUCAGAAACACUGUGGGAAACUGAAACAGAUGGGUAGGCAGUCAGCAGUGGUCAGUUGUUCUGGUUUUGGAUGCUCUGCCUUACACUCAUUAAAUACCAUUACACUA